AUGGAUGUAUCGUGCUCUGGGUGUUAUCAACAAAGUCAUUACUGCCUUUCUAUGUCAGCAUGGAUGUAUCGUGCUCUGGGUGUUAUCAACAAAGUCAUUACUGCCUUUCUAUGUCAGCAUGGAUGUAUCGUGCUCUGGGUGUUCACAACCAAGUCAUUACUGCCUUUCUAUGUCAGCAUGGAUGUAUCGUGCUCUGGGUGUUCACAACCAAGUCAUUACUGCCUUUCUAUGUCAGCAUGGAUGUAUCGUGCUCUGGGUGUUCACAACCAAGUCAUUACUGCCUUUCUAUGUCAGCAUGGAUGUAGCGUGCUCUGGGUGUUCACAACCAAGUCAUUACUGCCUUUCUAUGUCAGCAUGGAUGUAUCGUGCUCUAGGUGUUCACAACCAAGUCAUUACUGCCUUUCUUUGUCAGCAUGGAUGUAUCGUGCUCUAGGUGUUCACAACCAAGUCAUUACUGCCUUUCUUUGUCAGCAUGGAUGUAGCGUGCUCUGGGUGUUCACAACCAAGUCAUUACUGCCUUUCUAUGUCAGCAUGGAUGUAUCGUGCUCUGGGUGUUCACAACCAAGUCAUUACUACCUUUCUAUGUCAGCAUUGAUGUAUCGUGCUCUGGGUGUUCACAACCAAGUCAUUACUGCCUUUCUAUGUCAGCAUGGAUGUAUCGUGCUCUGGGUGUUCACAACCAAGUCAUUACUGCCUUUCUUUGUCAGCAUGGAUGUAGCGUGCUCUGGGUGUUCACAACCAAGUCAUUACUGCCUUUCUAUGUCAGCAUGGAUGUAUCGUGCUCUGGGUGUUCACAACCAAGUCAUUACUACCUUUCUAUGUCAGCAUGGAUGUAUCGUGCUCUGGGUGUUCACAACCAAGUCAUUACUGCCUUUCUAUGUCAGCAUGGAUGUAUCGUGCUCUGGGUGUUCACAACCAAGUCAUUAUCGUCUUUCUUUGUCAGCAUGGAUGUAUCAUGCUCUAGGUGUUCACAACCAAGUCAUUACUGCCUUUCUUUGUCAGCAUGGAUGUAUCGUGCUCGAGGUGUUCACAACCACGUCAUUACUGCCUUUCUUUGUCAGCAUGGAUGUAGCGUGCUCUGGGUUUUCACAACCAAGUCAUUACUUCCUUUCUGUGUCAGCAUGGAUGUAUAGUGCUCUGGGUAUUCACAACCAAGUCAUUACUGCCUUUCUUUGUCAGUAA